AGUCUCAACCGUGUUAAAUCUUUAAGUGGCUAAAAACACAAUGCGUAAUUUGUCAACAGCUCAUCGUUCAUUUUCGUGGCCAAGUCAGAUUAUCAGCUGACUAUAAAAGGAUUGCCGGGUUUUUUCUUUCUUGUUUUUCUCCCCAAGAGCAAAUGCGUGUGCCUGACUCUCUGAGAUGCCUCCUGAUCCGCUCGCAUCGCCUGUGCGCUCUCGCCAAGGCGUUCCACCUGCUGUGCGCAGGCGGAACAGCGGCUUUCAGUGGCUUUUACCGAGAGACGGAGAGACGUCCCAUUUUUCUGCUGACUCAAGAGACAGCGUGUUAAGGGGGCUGUUUGCCACAGGAGACUGUAAACUAACCCGGAGACGGAAAGAAGAAAAAAAAAACACAUCUGGAGAAAGUCUUAAGAAAAUCCUACAGCAUAAAACUCUUGUAACAAUUUAGUCAAGUAGAUCAUUUCUCUUUCUUUUUUUUUCUCCCCGCAAUUUUUUUUUAAUAGCUUGUAGUCAGUGAUGUCGUCCAAUGAGAGCUCAGAAACCCAGUACAGGUCAGAGGUCAGAGGCUCCAACACCACCUGCUGCCAUAAGGAGCUGUCAGUCACGGCAUCGGUCAUCUCCAUGACUGUGGGCGUCUUCUCCAACAGCUUCGCUCUCUUCAUUCUGGUCAAAUCCUACAGCCGCCAUCGCAUCAAGUCAAAGGCGUCCUUCCUGCUGUUCGCCAGCAGCCUGGUGACCACCGACCUGCUGGGUCACCUGAUCAACGGCUCCCUGGUGCUGCACGUGUACCGCUUUCACAGGAAGUGGGACGCUUUCGAUCCCCACGGCGUCGUGUGCAGCAUCUUUGGGGUCUGCAUGGUGUUCUACGGUCUGAGCCCCUUAUUUCUUUCAAGCGCGAUGGCCGUGGAGCGCUUUAUCGGAGUAACUAAACCCAUCUUCCACUCAACGGUGUUGGCCUCCCACCACAUUAGAAGGCUGCUCGCGUUCACCUGGCUGCUUGCCGCCCUGGUGGCUCUGCUGCCUGUGCUGCUCAGGAGACCCUACGAGGUUCAGAGCUCCAGGAGCUGGUGCUUCUUCCACAUGGAGCAACCCAGGGACUGGCUCGAUGUACUGCUGCCUCUGAUCUUUUCCGUUCUGGGACUGCUGGCGCUGCUGCUCUCCAUCGUGUGCAACACCCUGGCGAGCUGUGCCCUGCUCCAGGGCACGCUGCGCCACAAGCACGGCCGCAGAGGCACGUCCUACCACCUGGAGAUGAUCUGCCAGCUGCUGGGUAUCAUGCUGGUGUCCUGCGUGUGCUGGGGGCCGUUACUGGUCCAUGUCAUCAUUCUGAGCACCAGAGCUAAAGAUGAGCCAUCCGGUUUCAGUCUGCUGACAACGGUGCGGAUGGCUACGUGGAACCAGAUCUUGGACCCCUGGGUCUACAUCCUGUUGAGGAGGGCUGUGCUGAAGAAAAUCUACAUACUGUUUCACAGCUGCUGGGGCUCAAAGCUUCACACCUCCCACCGCUGGCAGCGCAGCACGCUCGGCAGCUCAGGGGAGACGAGCAAAUCGGACUGCCUCCGCUACAGCAGACAGCCGCUGCCGGACACUGCCAUCCAAUACAUCACCUGAGCUUUGGUCGGAAAGGUUUGAUCCGACGACAAAACAGGACCAGGGCGUGGCAGCAUCUACAUGUCGCUGGGUGACUACAUAGUCGGCAGUGCAGUGCUCGUUAUGUGGCAUGAACAGCUCGUUAAAAAUCAUCAGCUCUGCUUUGUUUCCUAAGUAGCUCCUAAAAAGCUGUCUGAAAUCUUUAGUGCUGAUAUUUCUUCCAUAUAUAUAUAUAUAUAUAUAUAUAUAUAUAUAUAUAUAUAUAUAUAUAUAUAUAUAUAUAUAUAUAUAUAUAUAUAUAUAUAUGAGGAAUAUUUUCACUAUUUGUUGUCUCCAUGAAGGUAAUUGCCUCUGUUUGCCUCUGUGUCUCUGUUUUGAAUGCAGCUCCAGAAUAAUGUAACACAUUGACAUGUACUGUGUAUGAAUGAACUCAGCGUAGGAACACAAUUGCAUGAAAUCAAAAAAAUAAUAAUAUUUAUGUGAAAUGAUCUAGAACGAUCAUAGUUCUUAACUAAUACAUUUUGGUCGCGAACGUUUCUGCUUCGUUGCGGUACAGAGAAUGGUUAUUGCACGCUGCAGCAGAAUGAGCUGAUUGAUGUACAGCUGAGACUUUUUAUGUUGACCUUUACAGAUUUAAUUGUAAAUGGCUCCCAGCUGUUGAAGUG